GAGGAGUGUCGCGCCCUGGUGGAAACACGUCUUUAUUUGUUAGUGUGUUUAUCAAGUAUUGGUGAAGAUUUCUUGUACUGUCUACUGUUGAGUUUCUAAGGUUUGCGGGAGAUAUGGACUACUACCACCACAACAGCCCUGGCAGGAGGCAUAGCUUGCUGGACGUGACUCAAACUCAGAAGUGGCGCCCUCGCAGUAAUUCUAUGAGCGUGAUGGAUGUUACUAACUUUACACCGAACAUUAGCGGGUUGACUAACAGACGCUGCUCUGCUACGCCCUGCACCACGCCCUGCUUCGUCAGUCCUCGCAUGGCCUUCUCCACACAGUUCUCCUACGACUCUCCCAUCCAGAUCUUGACGUCAGAUUCGACACUCUCACCUCGGGCUGUUUCGAAGCUUCAAAACCGUUACUCGCUCAGGAACCUUCCCAAGCGGUACAAGACCGUCCUUAUCAUCCUGUUGUCUACACUGGCAGCCGGUCUCUUCCUCGCCAGGACGUUCGGCGAGAGAGCUGGACAAAAGACCGUCUCCAGCCGGCAGUACUGUGGCGAUAACGACCCUGACUGUUUGAAUGAUGACGAGAAGGCCCAUGAUCACCCCAGCCUUAAGCGGUUCAUGAGGUCGGUGAAACGGCCAACGCACUACCACAGCCUGACCUCUGACCUAGAUAAUCUGGAGGUGGAGACGGGGUACGCGGGGCACCUAACUGAGGCCCUGCCAUCACACGAGAAGGAGGAAAACUUUGAUGUAUCGGUGUUGCUCGAGGAUGUUGAUACGGACAUGCAACAGCUUCAGUCGGACGGAUACUUGGAGGAGGAAGAUGAUGGUGAUGCCGCCAAGGAACCGCUGCACACGAUUAUGUCCGAGGAACUCGCCGAAGUAAAGUCUCCCGAGGCAAGGUUUACACAGAAGAGGAGGUUUAUGGUGGUACAAGGAGCUUACGUGGAAGCCGAGCAGCAGCAGCAAGAUGUACAAGAAUACCCAUCAGAAGUUGAACAGGUUGGUCUACACAGCGAGGACGGAUCUAAUGUGCAAGAAUAUGAUGUACAAGAAUAUGAUGUACAGGGACGGUUUGAUGGUUCUCGAGUACAAGACGAUGGUAGUUUUGUACAGCAGUAUGGCGGACAGGGCGAGUACAUGUAUGUGCAUCAGACUGGCCAAACUAAUGUAAGGGAAGGCGAGGAACAAAAUGGUCGCCAGCCACAGGAUGUCAUAGUAGACCGGCAGACGUCAGGGCAGAGGAACGAAGAACCCGGAGUCCAGAUGAUGCAAAAUGAGGGCCAAAUUAUCCAGGAAUCUCUGCGUGACAGCCAACGUGCUAGACUGCGUGCUGACCACCACCACCGCCAGCAGCACCACCACCGCCAGCAGGAGGAACACAGGAAUGCCAAACCCCGAACGGGACCUGAACCACACCGCCGUCAGGAGAGACCAUCACAACAUCCUCGGGAACAGUCGGUGAGAAAGAUCAAUCGAGGACCACUGAACAGACCGCAACAGAUGGGUGGGUCGAGAGGACCGCUUGAGACCGAUAGAAGACCGCGACAGGAAAGAUUACCUCCAGGCGUCCACCCUCGCAGAUACAAACACGCAGAGCUGUGAUCACUUACUUUAUCAUUGCAAGUAACUGAACCUUUGUCAGUUCAGAAAGUUCGCAAGGAAAUUACAGGAAAUUAAUUAUUUUUAAACCGGUUUUUAAUAUUUUAAUGUAUGGAUGUAAAAUAAAUGCCUGUUUUUUGUAA